CCCAUUUGAAGUUCUGCGCCUCCCCCAGACGCUUCAGCCUCACUGUCCUGGUUUAGGCGGCUGCGACGUGCGCCGCUCUGCCGCCCUAGUUCCUUCUCCGACCCAUUCCCAUUAGCAUCAUUCGGCGCGUCACCAUCUACACCGCACCUCACCCAUCUUUUUUGGAACGAAGCAGAUCACACAUUUGGCGCAAUGGGUAUCCCGAUCGGAUGGAACAUAAACCGCGAAGAAGACGCGAAGAAAGACGUACUGAGGGCUGACAUUACCGGCUCACGCUCACCCAUCCGCCGCCGCGUCAGACCCAACAGAUCACCGCGCCUUCACAACGCCCUCGACACGGAUUUCCUCAUCUCCGGUCCGUAUAUUGGAUGGAUACAUCGCUCGUCGCAUCGCGCGCGUCUGGCACCGCCACCCGUCCCCGAAGUGUCGAGGACCGAAUACCGCAGCAACGAGCCUUCGAGACACCCACCGACUCUACAACGCGACGAGAGCAGCGUGCGCCGGUCGCGCAAUCGCCUUGAUGGCUACAUGCGCGCGUAUGAGACGCGCGCCACUCCCGAUCAUGACCGCCCCUUGCCCGCUUUUACCCCGGGAUUUGCGCCAGCGGCAGCGUCGCGGACGUCCGAAACGGAAGCACAACGCGAUGCGCAAGACUCAUUUGCACGCAUGCGGGAAUACACAUCAUACCGUCGCGCUGUCAGACGAUCAACGCGUUCUCAGAGCCCCCGUGCUGAUCGAUCGACGGGAGGUGAUAGUGCGUAUGCGCCCGAGGAGAGUCAUGAAACAGGCGAGAACCACGCUGUAGCAUUCCCUCCGCUGCGCAGAAUGGGUCGCCGCACCAUCGCCGACGGUCCGCUACCUGCCAGCUCUCUGCGCGAGUCCUGGAGUCCUGUUGCUAGGCUGGAUGGCUUGGGCGACCGGAAUCGCAGCGUCAGUCCUUUUGACGAUCAGUUGCAAUGGGACAGCUUCCUCACCACGGUUGUGGACGACCCCGUCGCACCAAGUGCGGGGUCAUCAUUCGCAUCAGCCGCAGCCGCAGCCUCAUUCACAAAUUCGCAUCCCAGUUCACGAGCAGGAAGUGCCAACUCGGCGGCAUCUUCGCAAACCCAUCUCACAGUGCCAUCACGACGUCCUUCACCCCCACAAAACGAGCAGUUCAUGAGGGCAUGCGAUACCUCGGAGGACGACUCAGCCUCCGAUACCGAAGAAGAAGAGAUGGACAUACGCGGCAGCAUACGUCGUCGUACCGGCACAGAGGCCCUCAGGAAUCGCUUGGACAUCUCAGACUCGACCGCUCCCCGCCGCAGAAUGCGCCCAUCGUACUUCUCCAGCGAGCCUCCCGCGCGGGAUACAGACCGCUACUCACUCCGCGUAAUCAACCGAUCCCGCGAUGCCAGCGAGGUCGUUCACAGCUUCUACAACUCUGGUAUCUGGCAGGACGCCGACACGGAAGCGCCGCAGAGACCGCAAAUUCCCCAGCUCGAUGGCCCAGCCGAGGAACCCGUGAGCGCCAACGACUACGAGGGUAUGCCUCCGCUCGUACCCGCAGAGUCGCCGCAACCGCCACCACUAGAUCAAGAGCUCCGUGAUGCGCGGUCGUUGCUGGAGCGUCUCGCGCGCAGGGAAGAUGUCAGUGACGACUUUUGGGCAUCAGUUGGCUUGACGCGGUCUUUUGCAGACCCGGUUGAGCGCUUUCAGGAACUCGAGCGAUUCUGAUCUGGCUUGGUUCUUCUGCAUUCUUAGGUUGGCUUGGCAGGUCCGGCUACUUGACUCUUUCUCUUCUGCUGCUAUCAUGCUGUUGCGUUGUAUUCUUUGGGUAUUCACUCACCGAUUGGCACUCAGCCGCUUAAUGCUCGUCUUACGAAAAGUUAUGGUAGUAAGGUUGACGAUCCCUGGAAAUGGAUAUGAAUAUUCACUUCAAUAUCCUUACAUAGCUAUAAUCCCCCGAAGAGGGGACAGAAUACAAAAAAAAAAGCUCAGCCAGCACAUGUGCAAAUCACUCAUCACUUUCUAACUGCGCACUCUGUGAUAUACAAAU